CCCUAGUUGGCGUUCACUACCUACUAGGGAUUAUUUUGAGAGUUUGAUUCACUCAAAUCUUUUUUCUUCACCAAAUUCUGUACAAUUGGUUUGAUCUUCCUCUUUUGAGAUCACAUAAAGAAGUUUCUGAUCACACUCAUCAAUGGCUACGAUUCCUUCAUAUCUACAAAAACCCACAUCAAAUUCCCUAUCAAACUACACCAAAAUUGCAUCCUCUUUUGAUUCGACGCAAAAUCUUGGGUUUCAGGGAAUUGGGUUUCGUCAAUUUAGUCUUACAACUCAUGGAAAAUCACUUCAAACACGAGUCAAGGCUGUUCAGACCUCUGGUCAAACAACAGAGUGUACUAAUAACAGUACUGUAAUUCAUGAUGCUGUUCCUCUUCUCUCAUCUUCAGAGGUUAUUGAAAAGCUAAGAGCUUACAGAGGAAACCAUGAAAGUAAGCAGAAUUACAUGGCUAUGUAUUCUAGUGUUGUUGGUGGAAUUACUACUGAUUCUUCCGCGAUGGUCAUACCCAUUGACGAUCACAUCGUUCAUAGAGGACAUGGCGUUUUUGAUACAGCUGCAAUCAUAGAUGGACAUCUCUACGAGCUAGACCAGCAUAUUGACCGUUUCUUAAGGUCAGCAACCAACGCAAAGAUCAACCUGCCUUUUAACAGGGAACAGAUAAGAAGCAUCCUGAUACAAACCGUCGCAGCAUCAAAAUGUAGGGAAGGAUCUCUACGGUAUUGGCUCUCUGCCGGACCAGGUGAUUUCCAACUAUCUCCAGCAGGCUGUCAUCAAUCCUCUAUGUAUGCAAUUGUGUUCCAGGAUCAAAGUCCUCACCUUCAAGAAGGGGUUAAAGUGUCAACUUCAACGAUUCCGAUUAAACCACCCCAAUUUUCCACGGUGAAGAGCGUGAAUUACUUGCCGAAUGUGCUUUCAAAGAUGGAAGCUGAAGAAAAGGGUGUUUUUGCUGGAAUAUGGUUGGAUGAUGAUGGCUUUGUUGCAGAGGGACCAAACAUGAAUGUGGCAUUUGUUUCUAAAGAAAACGAGUUUCUGAUGCCGUACUUUGACAAAAUUCUUAGUGGGUGCACGGCUAAAAGAGUUUUGGCUCUUGCCGAGGGGCUUGUGCAGAAGGGAGUAAUUGCUGGAAUGAGGGUGGGAAAUAUCACUGUGGAAGAAGGAAAGGGAGCCAAGGAGAUGAUGCUUAUUGGAAGUGGGACUCUUGUGCGUCCUGUGGUGCAGUGGGAUGAUCAGGUCAUUGACAGCGGCAAAGAAGGUCCAGUUGCACUGGCACUUCUUGAUCUUCUUCUGGAGGACAUGAAAUCUGGUCCUCCGUCAGUACGGGUACCUGUUCCUUACUGAGCCUUGUGCGAUGCUAUUUCCCGCAGGAUACAGAAUCAAUCAAUCGUGCGGACAGCAGAAUAGAUAGCUCAAUUUCUCAAGUCGACUUCCAAUGUUUCACAUUUUCUUUUGUGAUUUGAACAAUUUAUCUAAUUGUGUAACAGAAGUUACAGAACCAUGUAGUUCUUGAAACAUGUAGCAUUACAAAAUCUUACAAAAUGCUUAGCUGCAAAUUUAAGCUAAUUUUGGAUUAUGUCA